AUGGCUUCAAGAAGAAUUUGUCUAUGGAUUAUAUUUGUAAUUAUUACACAAUCAGUCGGAGAAGAUACACGAUCAGUUAUAAUGUCUUUAAUCACUGGUUCGAAAUUUCAAUGUGUUAAUACAACAUGUUUACCGUUCGCAAAUGUCAUUACAUCGAUUAUUAUGAAGUGUCAAAUGGCUUGUUUAGCUCAAAUUUAUUGUAGAGCAGCCAGUUUUCAUCAAUCAACUUCUAACUGUGAAUUAUUUACUGAUAUGUCGAAUGAAAUUGCACAUAUGGCGAGUGAUAUCGACAUUACUACUAUGAUUGUUAUUGCUGAAACACGAUCUCCACCUGAACCGACUACGACAGCAUCAACAAUAUCAUUGUUAUCCACAUCAUCAUCAAUUAUAACAACAACAACAUCGGCAUCGGUAUCAUCCUUAACUGCAACAACGUCUACCACAACAUCACCAACAUCAACAACAACAUCAUCAUCAACAACAACAACAAGCACAACCACAACCACAACAAGUACAACUACAACAACAACUUCAUCAACAACCACUUCAACAACAUCCUCAACAACAACAACAAGCACAACUUCAACAACAACGUCAACAACAACC